AUGGUCGCAGCAUUUGUUGCCUCUAGUAUUAUGAUGAAUGCGUACCCGAAAAAGAUGCAUCGCAUUGAUGGCGGUGGUGCACGAGGUGUGACGCCCCUCGAGUUCCUGGGUGAAUUACAAAAGCUAGUCGGGGAUUGUCCAAUCCACGACAUGGUUGAUCUUGCAGUUGGUACAAGCUCCGGGGGGCUGACUGUACUGGCCAAAUUCCACCAAAAGUGGCCUGUCGCGCAUUGUGCCAAUGUGUUCGAGACACUUGCCCGUCGUUGUUUUUCAACCUCUGGGUCCGCGUUAGGCCGAUUGAAAGCAGUUGUUAAGUACAUAACUAGCGAUGCAAUGUACGACGAGCGAUUUCUAGAAGGUGCCCUUCAAGAGAAUUUGCCAGGACAUUUAUUUGGUUACGUCCCCGGCAUCACAUCAGGGACAAAGGUGGCACUGACUGCGACAUCUGGGGGGAACGCACGUUCAAUAUUCACAAACUACAAUGGUUCAGCAGAACCGACGGGGUAUACAGUGGUUCGACCUGAAAACAAUAAUAACGAAGCUUCGUUAUGGCAAGCAGCUCGUGCAACAACAGCAGCCCCUAUUUUCUUUAAGCCUAUUACGGUUGACGGUCAAGAGUAUUGGGAUGGUGGGCUUGGGUUCCCCAACCCGAUUGAACUAGCAAUGUGGGAGUCUUCCCGUAUUUGGGAGAAAAAUAUAUCCCAUGACGUCAUCAUCUCUCUCGGGACCGGAGAGGCCUCCAAGGGGCUGCCUAAGAGAAAGUCACACUCUAUACAGAGGCUAUGGACUUCGUUUAUGGACUUCCUUGAUGGGCAUACUAGAUAUGGUGAUAUCAGAAAUGGGUUGGAUGAGCAACGCAGGCAAGAUUUCUUUCGUUUAAAUACUGAGCUACCAUUUCCAAUUCGGCUGGACGAUGUUCAAAAUAUCCCGCUACAGAAAGAGCAGAUACACCUACACCCGCAAGGUCAGCUUAUUGAAGUUGCAACAGCGCUAUUAGCUUUUACUUAUGCGAAGGCUCAAUUCGGUGUCGCGGCGUUUAUAAAGACAUAG